UCUCCUCUUUCUCGCCUCGUCUUUAGCGCGCCCGCCCGCCCCGCGAGGCCUCACUUCCCGCGUUGCGCUGACGCGGCGUUGGGGGGCGGGUCCGGCGGCAGCGGCGCAAGAUGGCGGCCACCACGGGUGCGGGAGUAAAAGUUCCUCGUAAUUUUCGUCUGUUGGAAGAACUUGAAGAAGGGCAGAAGGGAGUAGGUGAUGGUACAGUAAGCUGGGGCCUUGAAGAUGAUGAAGAUAUGACACUCACCAGGUGGACAGGCAUGAUUAUUGGGCCACCGAGGACAAUUUAUGAAAACAGAAUAUACAGUCUGAAAGUAGAGUGUGGACCUAAAUAUCCAGAAGCACCUCCUACAGUUAGAUUUGUAACUAAAAUUAAUAUGAAUGGAAUAAAUAAUUCCAAUGGAAUGGUGGACCCCAGAGCCAUAUCAGUCCUAGCAAAAUGGCAGAAUUCUUUUAGCAUCAAAGUUGUUCUGCAAGAGCUUCGGCGUCUAAUGAUGUCUAAAGAAAAUAUGAAACUUCCUCAGCCACCUGAAGGACAAUGUUACAGCAAUUAAUUAAAAAAAUAAUCAUGCCCCCUUAUUCAAUUUAAGCUGUCUUCAUUUUCCACAGUAGUAAAUUUUCUAGAUGCAUCUUGUAGACCUCAAAAUACUGGAAAGGAAGUUCCCAUUCAGAGGAGAUUUUUCUUGAGAUACUGUAAAUGAUACUAAUUUUUUUUUCAUUUGAAAUAUAAGUUGUGCUAUAACAAAUAAUCCUGUUGUGUAACCACUGUCCACAUAGCUGAACUUCUGGUAUCAGGAAGAGUUGAUUUAAAUUUAUUACUGUCAAGACCAGUGUGGCACAUCUAACUUAACUGUGAAGCAUACAUCCCACAAUCACCUUGCUGUGUGUCUGGCCAGGAUUGUUUUGUUGUUUAUUUUCUUUUUCUGUCUUUUGCAAUAGAGUUGAAGCUCAGGGCUGUUUAUUAGAAUAGGCACAAAGGUUUUCUUUCCAGUACGACACUGGGCUUUAUGGACUACUAAUGGGGAUGUGUGCUAACCUCCGUCAUCCCUCCCUUUGUGCUAUCUCUAGUAAAGGCUGAAUGUGACUGUAGUCUUUUUUGGUUUUAUAUUUUUUUUUCAUGCCAUGGUAAUCUGGGGCGAGCUUUCCUCCUUUCCUCUGGCCAAGGCAUAGAUUGUAUUCCUCUUCCUGAUCUCCCUCACCAGUAAUGUGAGCAUUGGGUGAGAGAUUCGGGGUUCUUUUAAUCUCUUCCCUCUUCCCCUCUUUUUAGCAGGGAUGCUGCUUUCUUUUUGCCCCUCUCUAUGUCUCUUCUCACCCUUGGAUGGCAGGGGUAAGCACUGGGGCAAUAACUUGACCUAUUCCCUCCUGCUUAUCGUUUUGGUUUUGCAACAAAUAUAGUCUUCACCAGCCUGGGAAUCAAGAGUAUCCAUUCUGAUCGCAAACGUGGAUGUUCCCUGUCCCUCUGGCUCUGCUGCCACACCACCCAGCUGGCUGCGGCUGAUGUUAGAUAGGCUUUUGACAUGAUGAAAAGAGCAGUAAUAUACCAGGAUGACCAAAAUCUGCUGCCAGGCUGCACGUAGGUUCAAAACACACACUCCAAUCUGAGUAGCUGUAUUUCUGGUGCUUUGGAAUGACCCGGGAAUGUUGACUAACUGAGUGCAGCACCCAGGUUGGCGCUUCUGAGGGUCUGACAGACAAAUUGAGUCAGCGUAGAUUCCAUCAGGAUUCUCUGAGUCUUGGAAGAGGAAACGCCCUGGUGAAGAUCCGGGGAAGUGGUGCAGAGUGAGGACCAGUAUUGGCUUUGCAUCCUGGCAAAUUGCUGCCUUUUCUGUUUUACUGUUGGACCACUAACUGCAGUGUGGAUGCAAGCUUACAUGCAGCCAACCUAGUGUGUCUGGAAUUUUAUGAAAAGAUCAAGUGUUUGUGUAAAAAAAGAAAAAAAGAAAAAGAAAAAAAGAAAAUAAAACUCCAUUUUAAAGCAGCAGCUAUCAAGUCAGUGAACAACAAUGUUUCCAUUAACUCUUUUGAGGAAAAUAUUAGUUGUAAGGAUUUAACAUCCUCUGUAAUUAAGGUUUAACAUAACAGUAUUCCAUAAGCAGCCUUUUUAUUGUAUCAGACCAUUGCCUGAUUUUAAUAUAAUAAAAAGUGUGCAUUAAUAUUA